AUGGAUAAACUUGGAAAGCCUGGUUCUGGGUUUGCCAGAACUCGGAUUCCCAGGCCUCAAAUUGUAUUCCAUUCCAUCCAGCCUCCUUCCCAUUCGCAGGUCUCUGGCAUUUGCAGCUUGAACUUCCAGCCAUUGGAUCAUGUUAUACCGUUCUCUGCUAGAUUAGAGAGCUCUUUAUCAAGUAUCUGCUCCCCACGUAACAGAAGUUGCCCUUGCAAAAUGAGCCAGUUUCCUCAGAAGAGAUCUAUGGAGCCCCCAUUGUCGGAGUGCAUGAAUUCCAGAGUAGACUCUUUGGACAGCUUGUCAAUGGACAAUUUUUGGCUGGAGGUGGAGAACAUCAAACAGAGCACUGAAACUGAGCAAGAGGAGUGCAACCUUGCAGAUGUCAAAACCCCAGAGGACACUGCCUUUCUCCUCAUCCCUUGCCUCUCAGAGGGAGAAGCCGAAGCUGAGUGGCUACAGGAUGCAGGCCUCUCUGACCUAAUUGGGGAGGACACCUCAGACAAUGACAAUAUAGUGCUGCUCUCCACCUUGACCAAGACCCAGGCUGCAGCCGUGCAGCGAAGGCUGGAUACUUACUCGCGGUCACGGCGGAAGAAGAACAAACCGCCCGUGCGUGAUGUCAGAGACAUUUUUGGUGUGGUCAACUCUGAGGAGAUGGUAGUGGGGAUGGAGGAGUCUGACAAGGAUCGGUCUCAGCACAGUGUGGAGACUUCAGACUACACUCAGAAACCAGAUUCAAGGGGACUCCAGGAUUUUUCUUGCAUGCUCAGAAGCCCUGGAAAAGAGGAGAUAUUCUGUACUGACAUUGCCUACUCGGAGCAAGCAGCCAUUUUGCUCAAGGGAUCAUUUCUACGGGAGUCUAGGAGGAUAAAGGACGAGAGCACCCUAACUCAGUUUAAGAUUCCCAAGGGCAGGCUGGGAGUGACCCGGAUAGGAGACUUAUCUCCACAGGACAUGAAGAAGAUCCCCACAUUGGCCCUGAUUGAGCUGACGGCUCUCUGCGACAUCCUGGGCUUGGAGUUAAAGAGGAACAAGGCAUCCAAACAGAAGACAAAAGAGAAUCGACUCUUUGGAGUUCCACUCAGCACUUUGUUGGAAAAUGACCAAAAACUCAUCCCCAACACCAAGGUCCCACUGAUUCUCCAAGCAUUGCUGUCAUGUUUGGAAAAGAAAGGGCUUGACACUGAAGGCAUCCUGAGAGUUUCUGGGUCCCAGACCAGGAUUAAGAGCCUGGAGGAAAAGCUGGAAAGUGACUUCUAUACCGGUCUGUUCCGCUGGGAUGAGGUCCGCCAGAAUGAUGUGUCUGGCUUACUGAAGAGGUUCAUUCGAGAGCUGCCCACCCCUCUCUUGACAGCCGAGUAUCUGCCGGCUUUCGCUGCUGUGCAAAAUAUCCCGGACCUGAAGCAGAGAUUGCAAGCUCUCAACCUGCUUAUUCUGAUUCUGCCAGAGCCCAAUAGAAACACCCUAAAGGCUCUGCUGGAAUUUCUCAGUAAAGUGGUUGCUAGGGAGAAAAAGAACAAAAUGAAUCUCUGGAAUGUUUCCACAGUCAUCGCUCCAAAUCUCUUCAUGCAUAAAGGACUGGCGAAUAAGAUCCCAGAAGGAAAGGAGAAGCAGCUGGCAGAGGGGGCAGCUGACGUUGUGCGGAUGAUGAUCCAUUACCAAGACUUGCUUUGGACUAUCUCCUCUUUCCUGGUAGCUCAAGUGAGAAAACUGAAUGAGAGCAGCAGCCGGAGGUACCAGUUCUACGACAAACGGAUCAAAAACUUGCUACGGAAGAUUCACACAGACAAGGACAAAGUGGAGAAGAACCAGGCAGAACCUUUCAAGACAGUGAAAGUCCAGACAUCUCUGUUACUGAAGGAUUCACUGGAGGUUCAUCUGAACAAUGGAACCAAAGCUGCUGAUGUCCUGAGGCAGUUUCAGAAACACCUCAGUCAGAACGGCUGGAGUAUUGUCAACAAAGUCAGCCUCAUCAAACGUAAUGGUGCUGUCGAGUCGCUGAACCUGCUCCUCUACGAAGUAGGCGGCAAUAUAAGUGAACAUUGCCUGGAUCCAGAUACAUACCUCUUAGACUUGUACCACAUCAACCCCCAUGCUGAAUGGAUUAUAAGGCAAAAUCCGUCCUUUCCACGGAUGCUCUAG